AUGGUUAAUCGUAGUAGCAGAGGAAUGAAGGUUGUGGGCUUUACGUUACCCUUGUUUGUGUUUUUGAAGUCUGCACUUCAGUUGACACAAUCAUCAACUUCAUUAUCUUGUUUGAUUCUAAAAAUGGAUACGGAUUUAUAUGAUGAAUUCGGGAAUUACAUUGGGCCUGAUCUUUUAUCUGACGAAGAGGUGGAGGACGAUGUAAAUAGUGUUGACGAUGAAGGUACCGAGGAGGAAGAUAUGGCUCAGGAUGCUGUUAAUCACAUUGAAACAAAUGAUGUGCAAGAAGAAAGUUUGGCUGUUAUUCUUCAUGAAGAUAAAAAGUAUUAUCCAAGUGCACUAGAAGUCUAUGGUCCCGAGGUUGAAACCUUAGUACAGGAAGAAGAUGCCCAGCCGUUAACACAACCAUUAAUAGAACCAGUUCGCCGCAAAAAGUUUGCUUACACUGAAGCAUCAAUCCCAACAACAACAUACGACCCUGAAUUCUUGGCUGAUCUUAUGGAUUGUCCAGAAUUGAUUCGCAACGUCGUUCUUUGUGGACAUUUGCAUCAUGGCAAAACUUCCUUCAUGGACUGUUUGAUAGAACUUACUCACCCUGAUAUUGAAGCGAAAGAAGACAAAAAUCUCAGGUACACUGAUUUCUUGCACAUGGAGGUAGAAAGAGGGCUGAGUAUAAAAUCUACUCCAGUCUCCUUGGUGCUGCGCAGCAUGCAAGAAAAGUCGUAUCUGUUUAACAUAUUUGAUACACCAGGUCACGUCAAUUUUUCCGAUGAAGUAACUGCUGCUUUUCGACUCGCUGAUGGAAUCUGUCUGUUGGUGGACGUCAGCGAAGGUGUACUUUUAAACACCGAACGUAUUCUUAAACAUGCUCUACAAGAACGACUACCGGUAACACUGUGCAUCAACAAAAUAGAUCGUCUCAUAAUUGAACUAAAAUUGCCACCAAUGGAUGCGUAUUACAAAAUCAAGCACAUAAUUGAUGAAGUAAAUUCAAUUCUUCUGACUUAUUCUGAAGGUGCAGGUAUUACGGAUGAUACACAACCUGUUGUCAGCCCAUUAUUGGGAAAUGUAUGCUUCGCAAGUACUUAUUACCGAUUCUGUUUUACUUUGGAAUCCUUUGCGAGAAUAUAUAUGGAUACAUUUUCUAACGGUAUGGAUCACAAAGAAUUCGCUGGACGUUUAUGGGGUGAUAUAUAUUUUAAUUCUAAAACAAGAAGAUUUCAAAAACGGCCACCUUCUGCGAAUUCACAACGAACAUUUGUAGAUUUUAUUCUGGAACCUUUAUAUAAGAUUUUUGCUCAAACUGUUGGCGAUGUUGAUACUUGCUUGCCGUCAUUAUGUUCAGAGUUGGGUAUCUAUUUAACGAAAUCUGAAAUGAAACUGAAUAUACGCCCACUUUUGCGUUUGAUAUUUAAACGAUUCUUUGGCGAUUUCUCUGGAUUUGUGAAUAUGUGUGCAGAACAUAUACCAAGUCCAGUUAACUCAGCCGCAACUAAAGUGGGAUCAACGUAUACUGGCACACUAGAUAACGAUCUCGGACGUGCCAUGAUAAAAUGCAACAUGAAUUACGAACAUGUAAUGGUUCAUACUACCAAACUUUAUCCUGAUCAAGAAGCUAUCUCUUUUCAUGUUUUUGGACGUGUUAUGUGUGGUACCUUAUUUGCUGGUCAAACCGUCCGUGUUUUAGGCGAGAACUACACACUUUCUGAUGAAGAAGAUUCACGACCAGCUACAGUUGGCCGUUUGUGGAUAUCUAUCGCGCGUUACCAGCUGGAGGUGAAUCGGGUACCAGCGGGUAAUUGGGUGUUGAUUGAGGGUGUCGAUCAUCCUAUUGUGAAAACAGCUACAUUAACAUCAGCGGAUGCCCGUGGAGCAUAUAUAUUCAGACCCUUAAAUUUCAAUACUUCUUCAGUUGUUAAGAUUGCCGUGGAACCUGCCAAUCCUUCUGAGUUACCUAAAUUGCUGGAUGGUCUCAGAAAAGUUAAUAAAAGUUAUCCUCUCCUCGCCACCAAGGUUGAAGAAUCAGGUGAACGUGUCAUUCGUGGUACUGGUGAAUUGUAUUUAGAUUGUGUUAUGCACGAUUUGCGCAAGCUCUACUCUGAUAUCGAUGUGAAAGUUGCUGAUCCUGUUGUAGCGUUUUGCGAGACAGUUGUGGAAACUUCCUCUUUGAAAUGCUUUGCUGAAACACCAAAUAAGAAAAAUAAGUUAACUAUGAUCGCUGAGCCACUCGAUAAGGGUUUAGCUGAGGACAUAGAGAAUAAGGUUGUGCAAAUCACUUGGCCAAAAAAGCGACUCGGAGACUUUUUCCAGAAAAAGUAUGACUGGGAUUUGCUUGCGUCCAGGUCUAUAUGGGCUUUUGGGCCAGACGCUACUGGUCCGAAUAUACUAAUGGAUGAUACAUUACCGUCUGAAGUUGAUAAGAAUUUACUACUUACUGUCAAAGAUUAUAUCGUGCAGGGUUUCCAAUGGGGUACACGUGAAGGACCACUGUGUGACGAACCAAUUCGCAAUGUGAAAUUUAAAAUAUUAGAUGCUCUGAUUUCUGGCGAAGCACACCAACGGGGUUCUGGACAAAUAAUUCCUACAGCUCGCCGAGUUGCCUACUCUGCUUUCCUCAUGGCUACACCUCGCUUGAUGGAACCUUAUUACUUGGUUGAGGUACAGGCGCCUGCGGAUUGUGUUUCAGCGGUAUAUACAGUUCUUGCUCGUCGUCGUGGUCAUGUAACACAUGAUGCUCCUAUAUCUGGAUCUCCUUUGUAUGUUAUCCGUGCAUUUGUACCCGUCAUUGAUUCAUUUGGAUUCGAGACAGAUCUUCGAACUCAUUCUCAAGGACAGGCAUUUUGUAUGCUUGUUUUUAAUCACUGGCAAAUGGUUCCAGGAGAUCCUCUCGAUCGUUCAAUUCAAAUACAGCCUUUGGUCCCACAGCCUGCUACUCAUUUGGCUCGGGAGUUUAUGGUUAAAACUCGUAGAAGAAAGGGUUUGAAUGAAGAUGUAAGUAUCAACAAAUUCUUUGAUGAUCCUAUGUUGCUAGAACUAGCCAAACAAGACGUAAUGCUGAAUUAUGCACUAUAA